AUGGCGUCGUUCGGAGACGAUGAGAAGCCUCCUUCUCCGAAUGCAGGUAGCAAAGAUGGGCUGGUGACCAUGGCAAUUCCGGCGUACAACAGGAAAGAUGUGGGGCUGACCAAGGACACGGUGACGGCGAUGGUGGAGAUCAAGGCGACAUCCUCCGCCGCCAUGAGGGAGGGGCUGGACCUGGUGGCGGUGCUGGACGUGAGCAGGCACAAGAUCGAGAGCGUGAAGAAGGCCCUGCAGUUCAUCAUCAUGAAGCUCACCCGCGUGGACCGCCUCUCCAUCGUCAGCUUCGAUAGCACCGCGCGCAGGCUCAACCCGCUUCGCUGCAUGACGCAGGCUGCCCAGACCGACCUCAAGGCCGUCGUCGACGGCCUGGAGGACGGCGGCGGCGCCGACAUAAUGGCCGGUCUCGAGCUGGGGCUGGCCGUCCUCCGCGGCCGCGUCCACACCGAAUCCCGCACCGCCAACGUCUUCCUCAUGUCCGACGGGCAGACGACCUCCGGCGACCCCAGGCAAGUUAACCCCGGCGAAGUGGCCGUCUACACCUUUGGCUUCGGCGCCGGCACGGACCACAAGCUGCUGAGCGACCUGGCCAACAAGUCUACUGGCGGGACGUACAGCGCGGUGCCCGACGGGACCAACCUCAGCGCGCCCUUCUCGCAGCUGCUCGGCGGCCUGCUCACGGUGGUGGCGCAGGACGUGCAGCUCACGCUUGAGCCCAACACCGCCGAUGGCGACCUGGAGGAGAUGGCCGUGGCCCCGGGCACGGACUACACGACGAUCACUGACGACAAGAGCGGCCUUAUCACCAUCAAGUUCGGCACCCUCUUCAGCGGCGAAGCCCGCAAGGUGGCCGUCAACUUCAUGCUCAGGGACAGCGACGAGACCGAAGAGUACGACGCCACCUUGGCCGAGGCACGGCACAGCUACGCCGGCCAGAAGACGCGCCAGUCUCUCGAGGCCAUCCUCAUUGUGCGCACGCCGAACCCAAGCUCUCCCGCCGACGCCGGUGUCGAGAACCGCUCGGUGCAGGCCGAGGAGUUGCGCCGGCUGCACGCCGACUCCAUCAACGCCGCGAGCCUCCUUGCAGAGGCCGAGAGGCUGGAGGAGGCGCGGGAGAAGAUCGUGGACGCGCAGAACGCGGUGGAGGACAUCGUGCUGCUGAACGACGGGGAGAAGAUGGUCAACGCGCUCCGCGCCGAGCUGCUGCAGCUGCUGGCCUUCAUGGAGUCACAGGAGCUCUACAACCAGCGGGGACGCCCCUACGCCCUCGCCACCGUCACGUCCCACGGGCGCCAGCGCACCGCCCCGAGGGACGACGAGGGGGAGGUCAGGUGCCUCUAUGCGGCGCCGCGCAUGACCACCUACCUGGAGCAGGCCAAGAGGUCCGAGGAGAACCCCAAGGAGCCCGUGCCCUCCGCGGACGACGAUCUCUAG